UCAUGCUCUUCCGGGGCAGCAGACGGCGCUGUCCGCAGUGUGCAGUUUCCCGGUGUUGUUUCCGGAUAACAAAUCCAACAUGGCAGUUCACAGAAUAGCAUGUUUGGGCUUAAAUGCCCUUUAUUCCUCAUUUUGUGCUCCAAAGCAGGCCCUGCGGAGCUGCUGGGGGACAGUUGAACAAGUGAGAGGGUAUUAUGUGAACUGGAGAAUGCUGAGAGAUGUGAAAAGAAGGAAAAUGGCUUUUGAAUAUGCAGAUGAACGGCUACGGAUCAAUGCACUGAGAAAGAACACCAUCUUGCCCAAAGAGCUGCAGGAGGUGGCUGACAAAGAAAUUGCAGCCCUACCCAAAGACAGCUGCCAUGUGAGAAUACGCAACAGGUGUGUGAUGACAUCCAGACCCCGUGGAGUGAAACGAAGGUGGAGGCUCAGUCGGAUUGUCUUUCGUCAUCUAGCAGAUCACAACCAAAUGUCUGGGAUUCUGAGGGCAAGGUGGUGAUAAAGUGAUCAUUGGAAAUCACUAUCUGAGUAGAACAUCGUGGGGGAAGAAAUGUGUGGAUGUGGUUACAAAUGAAUAUCAGUCUUCUCUGCUAAUCCGAUACAGACUUUAAAGCUCUGGUGACUUUAAAGAUAACGUGAUAACUGUAUUAAAACAACUAUAUUCUCAAAGGCAAAAAUAAAUCCAAUGUAAUUACUGCAGCAUGCCUGCUGUGUUGUAUACAUUCGUUUCUCAGUCAUGUUCUUGUCGUUUAUUGUAUGAAUUCAUGUUUGUCAAAAUAAAGUGAUCUUGUCUUUUUAGUUACUAAAGUAUAA